CCUAUUUCUUAAUGUUGUGAAACGUUCCGCGGCAUUCAUGUUAAGGUUUUGUUUUUGUGGAACAUUUUAUCAAAAUAUUACAACAAAAUGAGCGUAGAGGAUGUGAUUCGGGAGAUCGACAACCUCAACUUGGAGACUGUGCUGCAACAUGCCGCCCUAGCGAGCCUCACCUGCACGGGUCGCACUCUGGGCUCCGACAAGACUCCUUAUUUGGUUGCUGAGAAUGAUGAGAAUGUCCCGGUGCUUCCAAAUAAAUCUCCAGCGAAAACUGAAUAUCUUUCUCCCGCUAAGAUUGACAUAGAACCCAGUUUAAGCUGUUUUCCGGGCGCGGAUGCCAUCAAUGCCAGCAUCGUGAAGCGGGAGCUGGCGGAGCAGUGUAAAAAGAGCGUCCGAAUGCAGCUGAAUCAACUCCAGGAGAAGCAACAGUCCUUCCGUUCGAAGCUGGACAAGCAGCAGAGAGAGCAGGAGAAUCUCGAAAUCGUCAAUCACAAGGCGCUCCGAAAGGAGCAAGAAAUUCUUAUAUGCCAAAAGGCCGAUCAGCUGGCCAAUGCCCAUUUGGAUGCCCAGCAGCGGGAGCAGCAGGCACUGCGCCGUCAAACGGAUCAGAAGCUGCAGCAGCUGGCAUUAGAGGGCGUGGCCCGCUGUCAGAGGCGAUUCAGUAAGAAGUUCGAGGGCAUCACAAAGCUGCUACUCUCCCUGGACAAGGAUACGGUUCAAGUGUGCGCUCACCACAACCGACAGCUUAAGGAUUUGGCCCAACAGUUCGAGCAGCUUGUGAGCAACGUGAAAGCCGGAAAUUGCGAGCAGACGCAGUAUUUACGGACCAUCAUAAAGGCAGAACAAUGCUGCAGGAACUUGGAUACCCUGGAAGUGGACAUGAUAAAGCAACUGGCCGAGUUCUCGGAGCUAAUACAGCAGCAGAUAAAGGUGGAGGAGGCCAAGAGGCACGAAGAGGAGCAAAGGAAGAAGCUCGAGGAGAAACAGCGCCUCCAGAAGGAAAAGGAAGAGGCCGAGGCGCGUCAGACUCAACAGCAGCAGCAACAGCAGGCCGAGGAGGCAGCCAAAGCUGCGGCGGCCCAAGCAGCAGCCGCCAAGACAGAAGUCCAGCCAACUGCAGCAAAGCCGGCAGUUGGUACACCCUCGGCAGACAUCUCCACUUCCUAUGUCCACCCAGAACGACUGAAGUUCUACAACGAAAUCCUCGCCCUCUACCAGACAAAAGUGGAUGCAGUGAAGCCACUGCAAACGGAGGAGUCGCUUAAGCAAUACCGCACCGGCUGCCAGCGAGCCAUAAAUCUGCCCCUGAACGCCAUCUCGGCGGUGAGUCCCCAGCACUUGAGCAACAACUUUGACAAGCUCUAUACCUUCUUCGCCGGACAGCCGGUCAAGCUGUUGAAUGGGGCUUCCAUGACCAUUAACGAUCAUCCUCUGGCGCGCGACUACUGCCUGCUCCUAAUGGCGAAGAAGUUUGUCAGCCAAACGGAGACGGCGAUCUCCAGCAAUCCGCAGGCCGCCUUUCCUUUCGCCUCCGUCAUUGUUACGUUUUGGAAGCUGCUGCCCGACUUUGGAAAGGUUUUCCUGGCCUACCUUUACAAGGAAUCGCCCUUUCUGGUGCCCUACGUGAUUCCUCAGCAGCAGGGACAGUCGCCUGAGCAAUACCUAAAGAUGAUUGGCUACCGCCUGACCGAAAACGAGCUGGAAAAGCCGGAUAUGUACCUGAAACGCCAGACCGGAAUAGCUCGCCUCUAUGCGGCUGUGAUGAUAACACCAGGACGGAAGGCUGAUGGACCGGAGCACUGCUUUGGUCUCGAGGAGGGCUGGCGUUGGCUGGCGCAUAUGGUGCAUGUUAAACCGCUGCCCGAUGUCAGUGCCACCCUCAUAAUGGAAAUUCUGCAAACCCUCGGAUUCGAACUGUUGCGCACCUACGGCAAGCAGUUCGUGAAGCUUCUGUGCUUCAUCCAGAACACCUACAUGCCCCAGCUGGCGGCACACGACGAAGGCGGUCCGAAGACCCGUCUGGAAAUGAUAUUGGGCAAGUUCCUGCGAGAAGGUCAGAUACCCCAAGCCGUUGGAGUACUUCCUCCUGGCUUCUGGUAGUUUUUUAAGAAAAUUAUUUAUGAAAUUUAAGAAUUAAAGUGACUGUCAUGUUUGAUUUAAGA